AUGAAAUCCAGAGAGCGGGGGUAUAAGAACCGGUCACAUGAAGAUGCAGAUCUGGGAAAGGUCAGAGGUCACCAGCGGAGGAAAGCUCAAGGAGAUCCAGAUGCCACAAGAGAGAUAGGAGCCAAAAACCCCAGCGGACGUCCUGCAGGGUCUGCCACCAUCAGAGCUGGUCAGAAGGAGCCACUAGGAGGAGAUCCAUCAUGCAAAGCGACCUCACAUGGCAACCCACUGUGGGAGAUGUCUCGGGAGGCGGGUUACAAGGAGAAGGAGCCGCGCGGGGGGGAAGCUGAUCCCACCGGGGUGCGUCCCAGUUUGCUUGCCAAAGCCACCACAGCAUGACACAAUGGGGCCGCUCUGUCUCACUGCAUCUCUCAUCAAAGGCAGAGCGAGAAGGCAAAGACGACAGCAAAGAGAGGACUUGAAAGGCGGCGCGCGGACGUCAAGGCUUCACCAGUCCCUUUUGCAGAGGGAGGCGGAAGGCAGGCAGACCCCCGGAGCCCAAAGGAGGCCUGGACGGGGCGUGGGGACCGGUGUCUCCCUUGCUCAGCUUAGCCACAAGCUCUCCCUUUGGCCGUGCAAGCAGCUGACGCGGGCGCUGGGAAUUCCUCUCCUUGCUGAGCCAACAAGUUCUGGGAGCUGGUCCCGAGAGGAGGCAGGACAGUUUGCACAGCUGGGAAGUGGUGUUGGCUUUCACCCGCCGGGAGAGGUGGAAGUGAGCCACCGUGGGGGCCCUUUUAAAAAGCAGCAGAGGGGCAGCAGGUCUUACCCAGUGCAGGACCAACAUUGGGAAGCCUUGAACUUACACACACACACACACACACACACACACACACCAAUCACAGUCACCCGAAAAGGACCGCAGUCUCUUGGGGUUGCCACCUUCUGUGCCUGCCUUCGCUGCUAUGACCUGAGUAGUGGGCUUCCCUCCCCAAUUAUCUUCCUGUCGAGGGAAGCUUUAUCAGAUCAAGUAUGUCUCUUCUUUCACUGUCCGGGUGUCACAAAAUUGAAGGAAGCCUGCCACAGUUGGAGGCAGCGAUGCUUCUGAACCCCAGUUGCUGGAAACCGCAAGAUCAGAGAGUGCUCUUGCAGCGGCGUAGCGUGGGUUGUCAGCACCCGGGGCAAGGCAAGUAAUUUGCGCCCCCUAACCCGGGGCAAGGCAAGUAAUUUGCACCCCCUAACCCGGGGCAAGGCAAGUAAUUUGCGCCCCUAACCCCUAACCUGCCGCCGCUGCCAGCUUCUUCUUGCUGCUGCCUGGUCUGGUCUGGUGUGGUUCUCUCCCGCGCUCAGCGCUGCGCUGGGCGGCCGCUGCACUGUCCCUCCCCCAGAUAGUCCCUUGCUCUCUCUCCGCACCGCAAGGGGGUUGGACUAGAUGAUCCUCAGUAAAGGUAAAGGGACCCCUGACCGUUAAGUCCAGCCACAGACAUCUCUGGGGUUGCAGUGCUCAUCUUAUUUUAUUGGCUGAGGGAGCCGGCGUUUGUCCUCAGACAAUUUUUCUGGGUCAUGUGGCCAGCAUGACUAAGCCGCUUCUGGCAAACCAAAGCAGCGCACGGAAACGCCGUUUACCUUCCCACUGGAGUGGUACCUAUUUAUCUACUUGCACUUUUGAUGUGCUUUUGAACUGCUAGGUUGGCAGGAGGAUGGACCAAGCAACGGGAGCUCACCCCGUCACGGGGAUUCGAACUGCCGACCUUCUGAUCGGCAAGCCCUAGGCUCUGUGGUUUAGACCACAGUGCCACCCAUGAUCCUCAAGGUCCCUUCCAAUUCUACAGUUCUACAAUUCUAUGGCAAACAAUAAGGAGGGGCUGCUAUUUUCAUGACCUGCUUGCGGACUUCCCAGAAGCAGCUGGCUAGCCACUACAGAAUAAAGAAAGAUGGAUUGGAUGACCCUGCAGUGCCCCUUCUUAUGCUGUAAUAACCUUUAAAGGAGACAUCAUGUGCAUGUAUACAGCUUUGAUGGUUGAUGGCCAGAAAGUUAAAAUGUAGCACUGGGAUUUCUCCCCCCUGAAAACCUUGCAGGACCCCUCUAAGAAAAAGCUGUGGCCCAUAAAGAGCAGGCCAAGGAUAUCAGUAGCACUUAGUUAAAACAACAGCAGCAGCAGCUUAUAGGGGCAGGUGGAGGGGUUGUGGGGUUCAAGGUGUAUUUUUAAUGAGACACUGCCCUCUCGUGGUUGUCCUCUGCUAUUGCACAGAGGUUAUAUAUCCUAUGCUCAAGAAAACAGGAAACCUUUGCCAAGCUUGUUCUUUAUAGCAAAGAGAUGCUCACAUAUGACCACCUUAGAGUGCAGUGAAGUCUUCCCACCCCCACCCCCCACCCCAGAUGCGUUUCACAGCUCUCAGCCUCCUCUCAAGCUGUUCACAUCAGCAAAGCUUCAUUAAUGUCAGAUUUGUUUGUUUGUGUACACACCAAGGAAGGGAGUGUUGAAAAGGCGGGAAUGACUUUACCCUACAUAAAGAUGUCCGCACCUUGGCUGGAGCAGAAAACUGGAACAAUGCAUCAAACAGCAAUACAGUGGUACCUCGGGUUAAGAACUUAAUUUGUUCCAGAGGUCCCUUCUUAACCCGAAACUGUUCUUAACCUGAGGCACCACUUUAGCUAAUGGGGCCUCCCGCUGCCGCCACACGAUUUCUGUUCUCAUCCUGAAGCAAAGUUCUUAACCCAAGGUACUAUUUCUGGGUUAGCGGAGUCUGUAACUUGAAGCGUCUGUAACCUGGAGCUUCUGUAACCCGAGGUACCACUGUAUUUUAUAACAUAUGCAUUUUGGAUAGCACCAUGGGUUCGUGGACUAAAAGCCCUGCCCUGGAAACACAGUGACUGCACAGUAAACAAGAGUGUGAACUAAGCCCAGUUCUGACCACUGGCCCACCUAGCUACACAACAACUCUUCAGGGUUUCAGGCAGGACAGGAUACUUCCCUCCAGGGCUGUCUCAAGAUGCCAGGGACUGAACCUGGGAACUCCUCAAUGCAUAGCAUGGAAGUAUAUCUGGUUGGAGGAAGGCUUCAUUGGAGUAAGUGUUUGCCAUGACUCAGCCUCAUAGAAUCAUAGAGUUGGAAGGGACCGCCAGCCCAACCCCCUGCAAUCCAGGAAUCUCAACUAAAGCAUCUGAAGUGAAGGACAUGAGGCAGGAGUUGGUAACGCAGGUGAGCUGCACACAGGUGAGCUGCAAGCAAGCUGCCGUCCAGCUCUGUGGAGGCUCCUUUUAUUGACACAAUAUGCAAACCCAGGCAGAUACAUUUUGGGCUGUGACCUUUACAUGCCUUCCAGUCCCGAGCUAUUUUGGCACCUGUUUCCACCGUGUCAUUUUCCCCUUGCACAGUGUAUGACGAAGGAGACAAAGGUCUCAGAGACAAAGGUCACAGACACGACACCGCAGACUACUGAGAUCACAAAAGGUUAGACAGAGGGCAAGAUGUUCAGACAGCUGUGGCUUUAUCUGUGAGGGGGAAUGUGCCCCGCACCCCAAAGUCAUGCGUGCAGGCGGCUGAGGCUGCCCAUGGGCGGGGAGUGUGCUGUGCAGCCAGUGAUCAUCCCUACAGCAUGCAUGGCAGAUGGACAGCCAACCUCUGCUUAAAAACCACCAAGGAAAGAGUGUCCACAAGCUCCCAAGAGAGUGCGUUCCAAUGUCGAACAGCUCUUGCUGUCAAAAAGUUAUUCUUAAUGCUUAGUCAGAAUCUCAUAGCUUGAAGCCAUUGGUUUGAGCCCUACCCUGCAGAGCAGGAGAAAACAAACUUGCUCCACCUUCAACGUGACAGCCCUUGAGAUUAUAACAAGCAUUCAGUCCCCAAAUGCGUGUUUGGGUUAAAGGUGGGUCCCUGGUCUGCAGUGCUGACUGGUCGCGUGGAAGGCAGAGGCACCAACAGCAGGUGGAGCCAAUGACAGGCAGAGCCAAGUAAGUCUCAUUUUUGUCCCCAUCCUCCUCCCAUGCUGAGUUCUACAAGGGCAACACUGAGACUUGCAGCUAUGCAUACCCUCCAACAUUUCGCUAAUAAAAUUAAAGAUCUCCAGUGUUAUUUUUCUAGAAAAAGAGGUGCUGGAACUCACCAUGAACACCUCCCUCACUCUCUUAGCAAUGGCGCCCACCUGAGAGGUGCCGGAACUGAGAUCUGGUGAGUUCCAGCUGGAAAAAAGUCCUGGGGAUAUCCUAUUCCAUACCCUCCAACAUUUCUUCAAUAAAAAUAGGGAUGUCCUAAGGAGAAAGCAGAGACAUCACCUUGCCAACAAAGGUCCGUAUAGUUAAAGCUGUGGUUUUCCCAGUAGUGAUGUAUGGAAGUGAGAGCUGGACCAUAAAGAAGGCUGAUGGCCAAAGAAUGGAUGCUUUUGAAUUCUGGUGCUGGAGGAGACUCUUGAGAGUCCCAUGGACUGCAAGAAGAUCAAACGUAUCCAUUCUUAAGGAAAUCAGCCCUGAGUGCUCACUGGAAGGACAGAUCCUGAAGCUGAGGCUCUAAUACUUUGGCCACCUCAUGAGACAAGGAGACUCCCUGGAAAAGACCCUGAUGUUGGGAAAGAUGGAGGGUACAAGGAGAAGGGGACGACAGAGGACGAGAUGGUGGGACAGUGAUCUCAAAGCUACCAGCAUGAGUUUGACCAAACUGUGGGAGGCAGUGGAAGACAGGAGUGCCUGGCGUGCUCUGGUCCAUGGGGUCACAAAGAGUCGGACACGACUAAACGACUAAACAACAACAAAGGAAAAGCGGGACAUUCCAGGAUCAAAUCAGAAACCAGGACAGCUUCUGUAAAUCCGGGACUCUCCCUGGAAAAUAGAGACACUUGGAAGGUCUCUGUAUACGCACUGUAUCUUUAAAGCACAUUUGAAUUGCAUUUCCUCCUCAAAGAGGAGCACUGCAGUUUAAGGGUUACUGGGAAUUUCAACAUUGCGAGGGGUAAACUACAGUGCCCAGAAUUCUUUGAGGGGGAAAUGUGCUUUUAAAGGUAUAGUAUGUGUGUAGCCUGUGGGGGAGUAAGAAGACGGGUAGGUAAAGGACCAAGGGGGAGGCAGCCCCCUAUUUUGCCCUAAUGGACUCACCUCCAUUGCUUAGUCUGAAAACACUGUGGUCUAACAACCUGGAUCAGCUUGGUCCUUUCCAGCUUUCCACACUCAUGGCUAUAUCCACUAGACUGGAAGCCAGACCGGGAAUCAAUAUUUGGGAGCUAAAGCUGGAUGGAUUCCUUUCUUUUUCUUUCUUUCUGUUUUUGAAAACAAGGCACCAAUGGUCUUUUAGCAGAAAAGCCUGGGCAGGCUGCCUAGGGAGAAAGAUGGAUUUCCCUUCACUUACAAUCCCCCAAUUAAGAUUUGAUAACCCGUCUAAGAGAGACACUUUAGCCAAGCACAAGAAAACGAGCUUAAUGUAAAAAUGAUAAGUGGAGGGAAUUAAGUCCCUUGCCAGCUCUGGAGUGCAGCAAGUGCCUUGAUGUCUGCCAUAGAUCUGACACACCGGUCCCAUUUGACACAGUGGCCCUUAAGCGUUUUGACAUGGAAGAUCAAACUCCCUCCCUCCUGCCAGAUUCCAGGAGUUUUGGCUUGCUAGGCCUUCUUCAUGCACCCCAUAGUCUGAGACUUGGGGGAGGGGGCAAAGCUUGGGGGGCCAGGGGGCGGUGGCCCCCGGGCGCAAAAUUCUGAGAGGGGCGCAACCAGGUGCCCCUGUUAUGUACUGAGUUGAAUAGGAUUCAGAAUGCAGCAGUCUGGUUGGUCCUAGAACAAUAGGAUCCAGAAUGCAGCAGUUUGAUUGGUCCACAGGAGCCACCCAAUCCAGCUCCAGGUGGAUGUGAAUCCGCAACCUGAUUGGCCUACAGGUGAAUCCCGGAAUUAGCCAAUCACGUGGGGCCCAUUGUGUAAAUAAUGUACAGUGGUACCUCGGGUUAAGUACUUAAUUCGUUCCGGAGGUCUGUACUUAACCUGAAACUGUUCUUAACUUUAGCUAAUGGGACCUCCUGCUGCUGCCACGCCGCCAGAGCACGAUUUCUGUUCUCAUCCUGAAGCAAAGUUCUUAACCUGAAGCACUAUUUCUGGGUUAACGGAGUCUGUAACCUGAAGCGUAUGUAACCGGAAGUACCACUGUAUAUAAAGCAGACAUUCUGGGGGAACUUCCAUUCCUCCUCACCACUAUGAGCUGAAUAAAGAGCAUGAAAUCCACUCUCGACUCCGAGUGUAUUUCACUGGCGAAGAAGGUGGGAUUCGAACCCAUGCGGUGUUAUGUACUGAGCUGAAUAGGAUUCAGAAUGCAGCAGUCUGAUUGGUCCUAGAACAAUAGGAUUCAGAAUGCUUUUCAACUCAGUACAUAACAGCCCCCCUGACAAGCUACCUGCUGUGCUCCUGCUGCCUUCCAGAGCCGCGGGGAGGCAAGCUGCACCCAGACUGGGCCUUCGACUUUUACGGCUGGGAAGGUGCCUCCAUCUCCUUGCAUGCCCUGCUCUUGGGCUGGCUGAGAGGCAAGGGCCUGCCCAGCCUGUGAGGCAGAGAUGGAUGGAGGUGGCAAGGCCUAGGGAACUCUGAGCACUGGUGGCCAAGGCCUAGGCCGGGGAGGAAGAGUCUGUUCCUGUGGAGGGGGGAAGAGGAGGCUGUGGCAGAGGCCGAGCCAAGGUUGCUGCAGUCAAAAUGCUGGCACCUCCCCGCAGCACUCCUGGCGCUGGCCCCACCAGUAUGUGCCCCCAACCCCGUGCCUCACCACCGCCACCUGCAUGCUGAGAGAAAGAGAGGGAGAGGGCACCAGGGCCACCCACUGAGGAGGGAGGCAAGAAAACGCCCAAGGGGGAAGCCCCCCUGAAUGCGCCUUCUGCCCAGUCCACCAGGGGGUGCAACACUUGCCCCACCCCAGGCACUGGCAACCCACACUAUGCCACUGCUUGUGGAGCAGGGUAUCUUCCUCUUCUUCUUUGGCAAUCCCUCAUAGCCAAGUAAGAUUGCCUUCCAUAAACACGGUUUUAACAAUGAGUCCAUAAGUGACUGUGGAGGCCAAUUCUGGAUCCACACGUGGGGGCAUUGGUUUCCAGGCGGGAGUUGAUCACGGUGUGGAUUUGCCAAGCGUGCCUUCCUCUUAGCACGUUUCUCCCUUGCUUCCUGAGUUCGAGUGUCUUCAAAGCCCAUGACACCUUUGGUAAAGGCUGUUCUCCAACUGGAGUACUCGCAGGCCAGUGUUUCCCAGUUGUCAAGUGUUUAUACUACAUUUUUUUAGAUUUGCCUUGAGACAGUCUUUAAACCUCUUUUGUUGACCACCAGCAUUAUGCUUUCCAUUUUUAAGUUCGGAAUAGAGUAGUUGCUUUGGAAGGCGAUCAUCAGGCAUCCGCACAACAUGACCAGUCCAACGAAGUUGAUGUUGAAGAAUCAUUGCUUCAACACUGGUGAUCUUUGCUUCUUCUAGUACACUGAUGUUAGUUCGCCUGUCUUCCCAAGUGAUGUGUAAAAUUUUUCGGAGACACCGUUGAAGGAAUCUUUCAAGGAGUUGGAGAUGGCGCUUAUAAGUGGUCCAUGCUUCACAAGCAUAUAGUAAGGUUGGUAGUACAAUAGCUUUGUAAACAAGCAUUUUGGUUUCCCUGCGAAUUGGUUACCCUUGUGGAGCAGGGUAUAUGGGGCUGCCAGCUCUUAAGAGACUAAAAUGUUACGCUUAGGCAAGGCCCACAGAUGUGCCACAGCAGUAACAGUACACUGGUACCUUGGUUCUCAAACGCCUUGGUUCCCGAAAACCCGGAAGUAAGUGCUCUGGUUUUCGCAUGUUCAAUGCGGCUGUCGGCUAUUGUUUCUGGGGCACUGGCACCAAUCAGAAGCUGUGCCUUGGUUUUCAAACAUUUCAGAAGUGAAACGGACUUCCGGAACUGAUUAAGUUCGAGAAUCAAGGUACCACUGUAUUUGGCGCUUUUGUUUUUGCUAUUUAUUUUGCGUUUUCGUUUUUGAGGCUCUUUUGGUUAAUUUGUUUUUGUGACUGUGUGGAACCCAGUUCAUAGAAUCAUAGAAUCAUAGAAUCAUAGAGUUGGAAGAGACCACAAGGGCCAUCGAGUCCAACCCCCUGCCAAGCAGGAAACACCAUCAGAGCACUCCUGACAUAUGGUUGUCAAGCCUCUGCUUAAAGACCUCCAAAGAAGGAGACUCCACCACACUCCUUGGCAGCAAAUUCCACUGUCAAACAGCUCUUACUGUCAGGAAGUUCUUCCUAAUGUUUAGGUGGAAUCUUCUUUCUUGUAGUUUGGAUACAUUGCUCUGUGUCCACCUCUCUGGAGCAGCAGAAAACAACCUUUCUCCCUAGUUCAGCUAUUGAUUGAUUGAUUGAUUGUGUGACUGCGGAAAUGGAUAAAAGCCCCCCAUCCAAACAAUGACUAUCAUCAGUGCAGGUAAGAAAUUUUUUUAAUUUUAAUUUUUAUCAUCUACAAUACUGUCUUAUUUAUUUUAUAGUACAGUACAUUGAUUAUUGCUUUCAUUUUAUGGAUCAAUGGUCUCGUUAGUAAAAUUCAUGUUAAAUUGCUGUUUUAGGGGUUGUUUUUAAAAGUCUAGAAUGGAUUAAUCCAUUUUGGAAAGUGCGCCUUGGUUUUGGAACUCUUUGGUUUUGGAACGGACUUCCAGAACGGAUUAAGAUUGAGAACCAAGGUACCACUUUAUAGAGAUAUGAAUGGCCAGAAAAAUGGAAAAAUUCAGAAGAGGGGCAAUAGAGCUUGGAGAUGCAGCAUUGGGACUUCCGGGUUAGCGCCACCGGCAAUGGCGGGCUUCCUCUGAUCUGGAGGAACCCACUCCGUGAAAAUUAGGGUCUGAACCGCCACGGCAAGGUGGAGACCCAUCAAAAACCACAGGCGGGAGAAGCCUGUGGACCUGGGAUUCGGCUGACACCUUCAGCGCCUCCCCUACUCGCAGGGAAACCCGGUUACGGGGAUCCAGAGCGACGUGGGGUGAGUGGCGCGGUGCUUCGAAUCAAUUGCUCUUUUCACGGAGUGAAGCCGCAUUGCUGUUGUCGGAGAGCGCUGACUUUUUUCCUGUGGACAAUUGGACUCUAAACAAGUACCCGUGAGUAGAACGGAAAAUUGGAUUACUAAACUUCGUAAUUUGGCACCGGAGCGGGAAGGUCUAAACAGGAAGUCCGCCUUCCGCUUUUGUAAACAGUUUGAAGCAAAGACAUCGUAAGCUAAAAGUCUGGAAAGUUAUCUCUAAAGGACUAAAUUUCCAUAGGUUUAAACUACAAACCCCCCUUGGAAGCAGGAGAAGAGGGGGAAAUUUUAAAUUGUUCAAGCCUGCAGGAGAGGGAGUAAAGAAAGAUAAAUUUCUAUCGUCUUGAACCUGGGAAUGGGCUGUCAAAGAUAGACGUUUGGGGAAAGUUCAUUGACUGUGAAUAAUAACGCAUGUUGACAGAUAGCUAAAUAAGAGAAACAUAUUGACUCCAAUGUUUCCUUUUGCACUAAAAAGGAACAAAGAUUUGAAAAACGAAAGCAAUUUUGUUGCUGGAUCUGCCUGUAAAAGGAUGGAUACAAAUAGAAAUUGUUUCCUCUAGAGGGAGCUUUUGAACUGUUGUUGGAGUGGACCUGGGUAACUUUACAGCUGUAGAAAAUUAGAGAGAGUGAGAAACAGGCUCUGACCUUGGAUAAGAAUGUUGACACAGGAAAUCUUAGUGUCUGCUUUGUGCAGGACAAGUGUUUUGUUGGAGCAGCUGCAUGUGAAGAUGGAUUUGAUGACUACUGCAAUUGAAAACUUUGGUCAAACAGUGACCACUGAUAUAGAACCUGCUCAACAACUGACCCAGGAAUCUGACCUGACAGGGCAAGUUGCGGAGAAGACAAAGGAGGAGGUUGUUGUUGAACCUCAAGUAAUACAAGUUGAAAGAGAUGCGGCCCUGCAGGAGCAUAAGCUGUCGUUUUUGAGGACUGAAUCUGGAGUGAGACAGACUUGGAGAGACGGAGUCCUGUCGAGACUGGAGAUGGCAAGUUGGUCAGACCCCCCUAUGCAGGGAUGCUUUGACCUUUGAGAUUUGGUUUUGGGUCAGGAAGAGAUUGGAAUGGUCGAGGCACUCAACUUUGGAGGGGCACGGAAGUAUGUUAUGGAACAUUUCUUGGAUUUUAGUGCUAACUAUGGAGAAUGGGCUGACCGGCUGAGAAGGGAUAAAGACACUCUUAGGUUGUUCCCCCGAGAUCUACUCCUCAGAGACAAAGGAAGGAAAUUAAGAACAGGACCAGCAGAAGAUAAAGUAAAGUGCAGGUACAAUUAUGAAGAAGAUUUGCAGAAGGGACAUGGAAAAGAGUUAAGAGCCUCGGACAUAAGAUCACCAGGUUGAUGGACUAGAUGAAAUAGAUAGAAAGGACUGACAGAACCCAAGACCAGGAAGAAGAGACGGUGGAUGAAGACUGGCAGAAAGUUUAAAAAUUUAUUUAGAGAAAUAUUGCAAAAUUAAUGAUUGCUAGGAAAAUCUUGGAAUGAAACUAUUAGACUUUAGUAGAAAUGUUAUAAGGAGUUAUGUAUAAAUAAGCUUUUAAGUUCUAGGGUUUUUUUAUGGUAAGAUAAGGCUAAAAUAAAUUAAGACAAUUAAAGGACAGAAUAUAGUGAAAGAUGGAAAGGAUUUGCUGAGAUAAUUAAUUAGAAUUAAAAAAAGGGAGGUGUGAGGAGGUCGAGGAAACAAGUUAAUGAAGAUAAGUGUAUGGGAAUAUUGGAUUUGUUUUUAAAUUUAUUUUUGUUGUUUUCAUUUUUGAUUUUGGUGUAUUGUAUGUUUGGUAUUUUUUGUUUUCUUUCUAUUGAUUUGUAUUGAUUAAUCUCUUUUUUUAUUCACUAUUUUUUCUUUUCUCUUUUCUGUAACCUUAAAUUCCCAAUAAAUAUCAUAAAAAAAAAAGGAGAUGCAUCAUUGGGGGAAAAUGGAUGUGGGAGUGGGGAUGAAGGGGUACCUUUUAUGUAAUAUUUCUUGUUAGACCGUUGUUAGACCGUUCCAUCACAUGCUGGUAAAUUCAGGCUCUUCUUAUUUUACCUUAAAAUGUGUAUUUUAUACUGUAUUUUAUGCUGUUUUUGUUGCAUUAAUUAAGUGUCUUAAAUUUGUUGUUAGCUGCCCUGAGCCCGGUUUUCUGAACCGGGAAGGGCGGGGUAUAAAUAAAAAUUUAAUAAAAAUAAUAAUAAUUUGCUGUGACCUGAAGUGGCUCUCUGCACCAGUGCUAGCAACGCUUUAAUUAAUUUCCCUCCUUGGAACGAGUUAUCUUCAACCCCAGCAUUUAAAUCAAUUAUUUAAUGGGAGGGUUUCAUUAUGCCAUUUACUUGGCAUGUAUGAGGCAGUUGAUGUGUGUAUGAAAACUGCAUGUGAGCGCAAGUGCACCAUAUUGCAAAUACUUUUUAAAAACAGGCUGAGGUUGUUUGGCAGAGCCCUAUUUGCCCUUAUGGACCAGCCUUAAUGCCUGGGAGCUGUCUUUUAAAAUGCAGCAAGAGGUUUGGUGCAAAGGAGAAGAAUUUUCCUUGCCCCCAGGCUUCUCAGACUUGCUUGGAACUCAGGAAGCAGGUGGAGAUUGCGUUGCUCAGAAGGAAAAAAAAUCUCACUUUUCCUGAAAAGCAGCAUAACAUCUCAUUCCACAGCCUACUAAUACAGAUUACUAUCUCAAAGAAUCAUAGAAUCACAAAACGGUAGUUGGCCGUCCAAUUUCUGCUUAAAAUCCACCAAGGAAGGAGAGUCCACAACCUCCCUAGGGAAACCAUUCAACUGUCAAACAUCUCUUACUGUCAGAAGGUUUUUCUUGAUGUUGAGUUGGAAUCUCCUUUCUUGUAACUUGAAGUCAUGGGUUCGAGUCCUACCCUCCCAAGCAAGAGAAAACAAGCUUGUUCCACCUUCCAUGUGACAGCCCUUGAGAUAUUUGAAGGUGGUUAUCAUAUCUCCUUUCAGUCUCCUCUUUUCCAGGCUAAACAUAUCCAGCUCCUUCAAGCUUUCCUGAUAAGGCCUGGUUUCCAGACCCUUGAUCAUCUUGACUGCUCUCUUCUGCACAAUUUCCAGCUUGUCACCAAGCUAGAUCUCACCAAGUUCGUCAAUGUGUAGCAGGCUUGCCAUCUCGUGGACCUCCAACCUCAAAGCAUGAAAGGAGGAGGGGGGUAUUUUAUCACUUUUGUGGGUACAGACAACUGAGCAAAUUUGUGGCAGAUAAUAUUCCAACUAGAUGAGCUAGUUGUCUGCACUGGGCCUUACAUUCAUGAUAUCAAGUAAUAAUAUUAUAUUAUUACUUUUUUUAUUAAUUAUAAUAUUAAUAAUAAUAAUAGGCUUCUCAUCCUAGUCUGAACCAAUGUUUACACUGAGGUGUCCAGCACAAUGCAGUUGAUGCAGCCUGAUGACAGGGCAAGGUUCUCGUGGCAACGCAGCCUACAACAUGUCCCCUUGAUCCUUGCCCCUCUUGGCUCACUAAAACUUCCCAAGGGGAUAUGGCUGGGUGGAUACUGGGUGGGGUCAAGACAUCCUUGCAGGAGGGAGUGGUCCUGGCCGUCUUAAAAGAGGUGGUGAUUUGACAGUUGCUGAAAUCCUCCAUUGGAUCCAUUGACUGGUGACAACUAUCACCUUACCACAAAUAACCUCUUUCAGAGAGGAUUGAGGUAGGAUAGCUCUAUUCUUGGAGGAAACCAAUUACCUUGACCCAUUUCAACAUGGGCUCUGGCCUGUUUAUAGGAUUGGAUCAGCCUCGGUUGUCCUGGUGGAUGACUUUUAUCUGCAGAAGGGCAGAGGGAGUGUGACUCUGUUUUUCCUUACUUGAUCUCUCAGCAGCUUUUGAUAGCCCUGAUUCUCUGAUAUGGCACUGGGAGCUCUGUUUUACAGUGAUUAUGGUCCUAUCUCCAGGGUCGAUUUCAUUGGGUGAUUAUCUCUCAACUGUCCCCCUCCCUUCACAGCAAUUAUGUGGUACCUCGGGUUAAGAACUUAAUUCGUUCUGGAGGUCCGUUCUUAACCUGAAACUGAUCUUAACCUGAAGCACCACUUUAGCUAAUGGGGCCUCCUGCUGCCGCCGCGCCGCAAUUUCUGUUCUCAUCCUGAAGCAAAGUUCUUAACCCGAGGUACUAUUUCUGGGUUAGCGGAGUCUGUAACCUGAAGCGUCUGUAACCCGAGGUACCACUGUACCAUCUUGUCUACAAUGCUAUCUGAUAUCUGCAUGGCUCCUAGGCAGAACAUGUACUCUUUCUUCAUUGUACUACAUGUUCUCUCUUUGAUCACAGACAUUUGUGAAAUCGUGCCACCUCCAGGACCAGCCCAGGGCAUUUUGCCACCAGAACCAAAGCUGAAAAUGGCAUCACGAUGUCUUGCUGCUACAAAAGCAAACAAGGUUUCAUGACAACACACAAUCUGUGCAAAUAGUACCAUAAGCUCUUCAAAAUUCAGGAGUACACUCUGAAGAAUCCCUCUGUCCCAGUCAACCAAAACUUGGCACUAUGCCUAUGUUACAAAGUCCACACAUAAGUAAGGUAACUGAUUGUCAGGGAACUGCCAUCGGAGCUAGAGGCGGAGGGAAGGCUCCAGAGGGAUGCCGGAGAGGGUCCCAGUAGGGAGAGAGGCAGCCCGUCCGCUGGGGAAGGAAAUCAGCGUAACACCAGUGUAGAAGGGGGGCAGAUGGGUGAAUCGGAGAGGAGGCUCCAAGACUCCUCGCCGGAAACCAGCGGAGAGAGUACGGGUCCUCCACUGCCCACACCCUCCCUGCGCAGAAGGCCUCCGCUCAGGGAGACUAGGCAGAGACUAGGCGUCAAAGAACUUUUGUGCUGGAAGAAGUUCAAGAAACGCCCACUGACGGAUUCUGCCAGCGACUGAGACAGCCACGAAGCUAGAGGCUGUCCGGUCAGAAAGGGUUCAACCAGGUAAGCUAGCCAGGAGUGGCGGCAACUUACGCACGAGCAACCCCUAAACCCAUUACACUGGUGUAUUUAAAACUUGCUUUCUUUUUAUUGCUAAGCCAAUCAAAGAAACAAAGAUAGCUGCUUUACACUACUCUAAAACUGGAUGGUUAUAAUUACCAUAUUUUUCGCUCUAUAAGACGCACCAGACCACAAGACGCACCUAGUUUUUGGAGGAGGAAAACAAGAAAAAAAUAUUCUGAAUCUCAGAAGCCAGAAGAGCAAGAGGGAUCGCUGUGCAGUGAAAGCAGCAAUUCCUCUUGCUGUUCUGGCUUCUGGGAUACCUGCACAGCCUGCAUUCGCUCCAUAAGACGCACACAAAUUUCCCCUUACUUUUUAGGAGGGAAAAAGUGAGUCUUAUAGAGCAAAAAAUACGAUACAUAUAUAUCUCAGAAUCCCUAAUGCAGCCAUGUCUCUGAGAGGCCUAAUAGUUGGAUUUCAUUUGUUGGCUGUCCUCAGAAGCGCCUAAACACAUUUGCAGGAGAAAAGUCCUGGGCCAAAUAGGUUCACACUAUGGCAAGUGCAACUAAUGGAAGAAAAUACAGUUCACAAAAGCUUUGGUCCAAAAGGAAUUUCCAAUCCUAAUAAUGAUGAUGAUGAUAAAAAACCCUCCAAAAUAUAAGAUCCUGCCAUCAUCAGCCCUGCUUUUCAACAUGAAUCAACUGACAAAAUUUCUUUUCACAAUACUGUUUUAGAAAAAUUUGCCUCUCGAAACUGUUGACCACGCACAACUUUAUCAUAGUCAUAAACAACCACAUUGCCAGCAGCGUCUGCUGAGCCUCCACUCUGUCCAUCCGGCUUCCACUGGCGCUGGCAUCAACCACUACCAGCCAGAGCAAGGCACACAUGCCACCACCUUAGAUUAUCUGGUAACACUGUGCAAGGACAGCCAGCAUGCCAAAGAAUAGUUUGUGCAAGCACACAUGGGGGGGGGGGGGAGCCAGCGAUAUCCUAUUGCACAUGCGCUUACUCACCUAAACCUUUCCUGGCGAUCCAUAUUCCAUUGCUUUUUAUAUUCCAGAUUAUUUCUGGGUCCUAGUGUUUGCCCCGUUAUGUUUUAUAUGUGCAAAUUCUACAAAGCAAACUGUAGCAUCUUGAAGAGGCUUUAUGUUGGCAGGAGGAGUUUUCAUGAAUGCUGAGCUAGGACUCUGAUCGAAAUCAGCCACUCUUCCCAUUCUGCCUCUGAAGCAACUGCCCCAGUUCUUUGCUUCCAGCUAGAGCAGGGGUAGGCAACUUAAAGCCCAGGGGCCAGAAGCAGCCCAAUCGUCUUCUAAAUCAGCGUGUUUUUACAUGAGUAGAAUGUAUCCUUUUAUUUAAAAUGCAUCUCUAGAUUAUUUGUGGGGCCUGCCUGGUGUUUUUACAUGAGGAGAAAGUGUGCUAUUAUUUUAAAUGCAUCUCUGGGUUAUUUGUGGGGCAUAGAAAUUUGUUCAUUAUUUUUUUUCAAAAUAUAGUCCGGCCCACCACAUGGUCUGAGCGACGGUGGACCAGCCCAUGGCUGGAAAAGGUUGCUGACCCCUGAUGUAGAGCUCUCGGUUUUGGUAGGUUCUGCAUGGCCUUGUGGGGUGGUCGAACUUUUAAGAAUUCCCAGGACUUCUAUGGGGUCUUGCCUUCCUUCCACAGUUUGCAUUCUCUGCUCUGUUGCUUCAGCUGUUUUGCCAAUUGUGAGUGCCUUUCAAAUGUGAGCUCAUGAUCCUGCAGCAGUGUAAGCAUCAAAAUUCAGCAUUUCCUAAGGAGCGCCAGCCUAUAAGAUAGAUAUGGAUUGUAGUUCACAUCGUGUGCAACAUCGUUUCCCACACCAGCAGUGAGAACAUGGUGGAUGCAGAGUACACGUCGCUGCGUGUUCACAGCCUCAUUUGAGUCUCCAUAACUGCAUGUUUUGCUUGCUGUUGUUGUUUGGUCGUUUAGUUGUGUCUGACUCUUCAUGACCCCAUGGACCAGAGCAUGCCAGGCACUCCUGUCUUCCACUGCCUCCCGCAGUUUGGGCAAACUCAUGCUGGUAGCGUAUGUAACCCGAGGUACCACUGUAGAAAUCUUUUGUGACUGCUGUCACCAUCUGCAGUGAUCAUGGAGCCGAAGAAAGUAAAACCUCUCUUUGCCUCCAUUUCUUCCCCUUCUAUUUGCCAGGAGGUGAUGGGCCCAGUGGCCAUGAUCUUAGUUUUUUUGAUGUUGAGCUUCAGCCCAUAUUUUGCGCUCUCCUCUUUCACCCUCAUUAAAAGGUUCUUUAAUUCCUCCUCACUUUCUGCCAUCAAGGUUGUGUCAUCUGCAUAUCUGAGGUUGUUGAUAUUUCUUCCGGCAAUCUUAAUUCUGGUUUGGCAAUCAUCCGGCCCAGCCUUUCGCAUGAUGAAUUCUGCAUAUAAGUUAAAUAAGCAGGGAGACAAUAUACAGCCUUGUCGUACUCUUUUCCCAAUUUUGAACCAAUCAGUUGUUCCAUAUCCAGUUCUAACUGUAGCUUCUUGUCCCACAUAGAGAUUUCUCAGGAGACAGAUGAGGUGAUCAGGCACUCCCAUUUCUUUAAGAACUUGCCAUAGUCGACACAGUCAAAGGCUUUUGCAUAGUCAAUGAAGCAGAAGUACAGUGGUACCUCAGGUUAAAUGCUUAAUUCGUUCCAGAGGUCCGUUCUUAACCUGAAACUGUUCUUAACCUGAAGCACCACUUUAGCUAAUGGGGCCUCCUGCUGCCACUGCGCCGCCAGAGCCAGAUUUCUGUUCUUAUCCUGAAGCAAAGUUCUUAACCUGAAGCACUAUUUCUGGGUUAACAGAGUGUGUAACCUGAAGCGUAUGUAACCUGAAGCAUAUGUAACCCGAGGUACCACUGUAGAUAUCUUUCUGGAACUCUCUAGUUCUCCAUAAUCCAGCGCAUGUUUGCAAUUUGGUCUCUGGUUCCUCUGCCCCUUCGAAAUCCAGCUUGCACUUCUGGGAGUUCUCGGUCCACAUACUGCUUGAGCCUGCCUUGUAGAAUUUUAAGCAUAACCUUGCUAGCAUGUGAAAUGAGUGAAAUUGUGCGGUAGUUGGAGCAUUCUUUGGCACAUGUUUUGCUUAGCAGCCUGAGAUCAGCCACAAAAGCCGCAACAGUUUCACUCAUAUAUGUUACGGCCUCCGUGUUGUUGUUUUUUUUGCGGAAAUCCCUCCCCACUUAUCUUCACGGCACGAUGACCUCACGCACGUUUACUUAAACGAAACUGCACCCAUUGCAGCCAGGCUGACUCCAGCGUUAAACUUUCAAAACCCCUUCCCACUCUCCUCCCUCUCUUGUUUUUCUCCCCGGGCUAGAAAUGGGCGGCCCUUGGCUGCGCUUGCCUCUCCAUAAAUUUUGACUGCAAAGAGUUCCGGAUUUCCACUAGUGCUCAGCGGAGAAUCAGCGGGGAAGAGCUGCGAGUUGCCGCGAGCUGUUCCACCUGCUUUUCGGGAAGCGCUCCAAGGUACAGUACUUGUUUGCAGUGUCGCGGUGGAGUUAUAGGGGCAGGGAGGAGGCAGAGCUCAGUGGACCCCCCCAAAGUCUCGAGAACAGGCAAGUGCAAGACGGUGAAUCGGCGAGGCCGUCAAUUCGCUGGGAAGUUGCUCGGGCCGACCUCGAAAAGGUUGCUGCUACGAUUGGCAUCUACUGGCCCCUGAAGUGAGUUCACACUGGGCUUGCUUGCAAGGUUCGCGAGUACGUAUAGGAUCUCAGGGUUGCAUCUCUGCUGUUCGGGCUGUGUUCACAUUAGACCUUUAAAGCGCAUGGUUCCCCCCCCAAAGAGUUAUUGCAGUUUUGCUAAGGGUUCUUGGCAGUGCUUUCCAAACUUGGGUCUGCUUUUUCUUUUUUUUUGGACUACAACUCCCAUCAUCUCUAGCUAGCAUGACUAGUGGUCAGGGAUGAUGGGAAUAGUAGUCCCAAAACAGCUGGAGACCCAAGUUUGGAAAGCACUGCUUCCUGGGAAUGGCAACUCUGUGCCAGGUGAACUACAGGGUGCAGAAUUUAUUUUUUUUGGGGGGGAAUGUGAUUUAAAGGUAAAGUGUACACACAUAAAGUGGCUUCCGGGUUUUUUUAUGGGUGCAGUAGCCCUGUGCUUGUUGCUGAACUAUGGACCUUCUGAAAUCUAAUCUGCUAGCCAGUCGUAUAGGUCAAGGGUGUGUUUACAAAGAUGUUUAUACUUGCUGCGUUUGCUGGGUUUUUCACCCGUUUAAUACUGGGUGGCGCUGUGGUCUAAACCACAGAGCCUAGGGCUUGCUGAUCGGAAAGUCGGUGGUUCAAAUCCCCGUGACGGGGUGAGCUCCCGUUGCUAAGUCCCAACUCCUGCCCACCUAGCAGUUCGAAAGCACGUCAAGGUGCAAGUAGAUAAAUAGGUACCGCUCCGGCGGGAAGGUAAACGGCGUUUCCGUGUGCUGCUCUGGUUCGCCGGAAGCGGCUUACUCAUGCUGACCACAUGACCCGGAAGCUGUACGCCGGCUCCCUCGGCCAAUAAAGCGAGAUGAGCACCGCAACCCCGGAGUCGUCCGCGACUGGACCUAGUAGUCAGGGGUACCUAUACCUCUUUGUUGUUGUUGUUUAGUUGUUUAGUCGUGUCCAGCUCUUCGUGCCUCCCUGGACCAGAGCACGCCAGGCACUCCUGUCUUCCACUGCCUCCCGCAGUUUGGUCAGACUCAUGCUGGUAGCUUCGAGAACCUUUACCUCUACCAACUGUAAAUGCAUACAUAUCCAGUAUUUUGUUACAAACCACCACUGUCUGAGGCAUUGCUUCUGGAACCAGCUUCACACAGAUUGCAGUCCAAAGCCACACCCAAUUUGUCUCUAGCCAAGGUUGUACACUAACAGAAACAUCUCUGGGGGACUGAGGGAGCUGGGAAAACAGUUUCACGUCUCUGCACCACAAGAGGCCUCCUUUCAGAAUAAUUGCAUUUGUUUUACCUUCACAACAACCUAAUGAGAAAAAUUAAGACUGAAGGUGUGUACACUUUACCAGCUUAAACUUUUUGUGUGUGUGCCUCUCAUCUGUCCAUGCCAGCGGGCAGAGAGGAAGUGGGGAUCUCUGAUUCAGAUUGCCUGACUGGUUUCCCUGGCCCAAACCCUUUUCCUGAAGCGUUCUUCCUUCCAACCAUGCCACCCCAGAAAUGGCCUUUAAGUGACUCAUCUUUCAAGUACAGUGGUACCUCAGGAUGUGAAUGGGAUCCGUUCCAGAGUCCUGUUCACAUCCCGAAGCGAACGCAACCCACAUCUGUGUGUGUGCGGGUCACGAUUUGCCGUUCCACGCAUGCGCAUGACGUCAUUUUGACUGUCUGCGCAUGCGUGAGCGGCGAAACCCGGAAGUAACGCGGAGCACAACCCGAAAGCGCUCAACCUGAAGCAACUUCAACCCAAGAUAUGACUGUAGUUGCGAAAGUGCAAGAUACCCGUUUGACAGUGGAACCCUAGGCACAAUUCGCUGAGCUCAAUAGGGCUUAUACUCAAGGAAUAGGACUUACGCCUGAGUAGAUAUGGAUAGGAUUGUGUUGCAAGGUGCUAAAAAACUCACUGUUCUCUGCACUACAGGGUAGUCCUAGAAUGCUGUUGAGAAAAGCAUGUUUUACACAAGCACAGAGAGGGAGAUGGACAGGGCGAGAAUAUAAAAGGCCCAACAUAAGAUGAAAUGAAAUGGAGAGGCUAGGGUUCAAGGAAAGAGGAUUUGCUAGAAGGAGGAGACUUGAAUAGGUUGAGAUUGCCAGGUACAGCUUCAGCCAGCAGGAGCUGUGACUGGCUCCCAGUGAAGGGCAGUGGGACUGCGCCACUAGCCAGCAUGGCAACCAGUUGGGUCCCUCUUCCUGCCCACAUCAGAGAAGCAAGCAAGGAGGGUACAAAGUAAAAAAAGGGUGCACCCACUGCUGAUGUGAGACAUGUAAAGGUAAAGGGACCCCUGACCAUUAGGUCCAGUCGUGACUGACUCUGGGGUUGUGGCGCUCAUCUCGCUUUAUUGGCCGAGGGAGCCAGUGUACAGCUUCCAGGUCAUGUGGCCAGCAUGACUAAGCCGCUUCUGGCGAACCAGAGCAGCGCACGGAAACGCCAUUUACCUUCCCGCUGGAGCAGUACCUAUUUAUCUACUUGCACUUUGACGUGCUUUCGAACUGCUAGGUUGGCAGGAGCAGGGACUGAGCAACGGGAGCUCACCCCGUCACGGGGAUUCGAACCGCCGACCUUCUGAUUGGCAAGUCCUAGGCUCUGUGGUUUAACCCACAGCGCCACCCGUGUCCCUUGUGAGACAUGUAGGACCUUCUCAAUCUGAAUGAACUCUCAAGAAACAGCUGCUAUCAUUUCACCUCCCUGCAAACAAAUGAGGACAAAUGCUCAAUAAUCAGGUUAUCCAGAAGCAAUCCAUUCACAAAAUAGCUACAAUCUGGAAGCAUCCUGAGAGCUUAAUGAGACUUGCAUCUCAGUAGAGAUAUAUAGGAUAACAUGGUGUAGUGGACAGAAAUUUCAAGGAGCAAGGAGUGAUGGUUACUACGAAAAACAGUGUUCCAUUAUGAGAUGGAAAGACAUGCUAUUUGGUUGCCACUGGUAAAUAUUUGAACUAGCAUUCUUGAACUAGCUCACAGUACUAUCCCUGACCUAAUUGGGGGAAAGUGCUUUGGCAGAGUUGUUGCUUUGCAUUUCAAAUGGAGAACUGUGUCUUUGAAACAGCCCUUGCUCUGCUUGGCCAGUAACAGGCAAACAAAGCUUUUGAGCUGGCAUAAUGUAGUUGUCAGACUUGUCAGAGUAGGGCUGAGGGUGAUCAGGGUUCAAUUACUGACUUUGCCACAUAGCUUUAAAGUGGCCUUGGGCCAAUCAAUUGUCCCUCAACCUCUUAAAGUCAUUGUGAGAUUAAAAUUAUGCAGGUGAGGAGAGGAACCAGUUAUGCUGCCUUGAUCUCCUUGCAAGAAAGGUGGGAAAUCAAUGCAGCAGUAGUUCACAUUUUGAAAUCCUUACAAAAAAACUGUAAAUAGUAUGUGUUAGCAUAUCAGAUGAUGAAAGUGGCAGACCAAAUUUUACCUAACAAAUUCUAGGGCUAGGCGAUAGCAUAUCUUACCAGCUAAAUACGUAGUACCUCGGGUUAAGUACUUAAUUCGUUCCGGAGGUCCGUUCUUAACCUGAAACUGUUCUUAACCUGAAGCACCACUUUAGCUAAUGGGGCCUCCCGCUGCCUCAGUGUCGCCAGAGCACGAUUUCUGUUCUCAUCCUGAAGCAAAGUUCUUAACCCGAGGUACUAUUUCUGGGUUAGCGGAGUCUGUAACCUGAAGCAUAUGUACCCCCAGGUACCACUGUAUUGCAAGCGGGGCUUUUUCCAGCCGGAACUCACCAGAACUGAGUUCCUGCACCUUUGUAGCGUUGCAGUGCUAUUCCCUGGCAUGGCGCUCGUGGCAGAGGAAGUGGGUGGCACGGCGAUUGGGGCAACGAGGCAGAGGUUGGUGGCAUAAGGCGGCAGAUUGUAUUUUCGCUGCACCGGUGCAUACAACUUUGGAUGUGUGCUUCCCCCUCCUUUUCUAGAAAAAAAAAGCCCUGAUGGUAUACUAUUAAGUGCAAUACAGUACUACAGUUGUACCUUGGAACUCGUACAAUUUGGCUCCCAAAUGAUCGAAAACUGGAAGUGAGUGAUCCAGUUUUCAAACAAUUUUUGGAAGCCAAAUGUCCGGUGCGGCUUCCGAUUGGCUGCAGGGCACACCUGAAGCCUACCAGAAGCCGUGUUUUGGUUUUCGAACAGUUCCGGAAUUCAAACGGACUCCCAGAACGCAUUCUGUUCAAAAACCAAGGUACGACUGUAUUCUGAUACCUUACGAGGUCUGAAAUAAGGAUGGAGCUACGUAUUGGCUGGCUUCACGGUUUUUCCUGCAUCGUGAGUUUUGCAUAUCACACACGCAUCAUUAUUCACGAUAUAUUGCCAGGUCAAAAAUUAUGAAACCGAUAACACGAUAGCUUCAAACUGGUUUUGGAUGAUAUAUUGAUAUAGCGCCCAGCCCUAGCGAGUUCAUGGCAGGGGGAAGAUUCAGCCUGAGGGUUUUGCAUCUGUAGCUCUGUCUCCUACGCCAGCUCUUUGAGAGAUGAGGAAGAGCCACAGAGCAGUGGUAAACCAUAGUAAAGGUAAAGGGACCCCUGACCAUUAGGUCCAGUCGUGACCGACUCUGGGGUUGCGGCGCUCAUCUCGCUUUAUUGGCUGAGGGAGCGGGUGUACAGCUUCCGGGUCAUGUGUCCAGCUUGACUAAGCUGCUUCUGGCAAACCAGAGCUGCGCACGGAAACGCCGUUUACCUUCCCGCCGGAGCGGUACCUAUUUAUCUACUUGCACUUUGACGUGCUUUCAAACUGCUAGGUUGGCAGGAGCAGGGAUCAAGCAAUGGGCGCUCACCCCGUCGCGGGGAUUCGAACCGCCGACCUUCUGAUCAGCAAGUCCUAGGCCCUGUGGUUUAACCCACAGCGCCACCCGCGUCCCGUGGUAAAACAUACAGCUUGGGAAAUGAAGCCUGUCCAAAAUCCUGGAAAGCCUCUGCCAGUCAGUGCAGACAAUACUGACCUAGAUGGACCCAGUGGUCUGACUCCGUAUAAGGUGGCUUCCUAUGUUUCCCCUACUACCACCACUGCCUACAAUAAACCAAUAUUUGAUAAACCACCUUCUUCCUUUCCAGCUGCAGCAGUCUUUGGCCAUGUGGCUCUAUGUGGCAGCUCUGCUGGGUCUUUAUUUCCUUUUCCGACGGUACCGUGAGCAGCAAAUCUUGGGCAACCUGAUAGAGAAGUAUGUUUUCAUCACUGGCUGUGAUUCCGGGUUUGGAAACUUGUUGGCCAGGAAACUGGACGCUCGGGGAAUCCGUGUCCUGGCAGCUUGCCUCACGCAGCAGGGGGCAGAAAAGCUGAAGGAAGCCACAUCGGAACGGCUGCAGACCACCCUCUUGGACGUGACCCAAACGGAAAGCGUGGCCCGAGCAGCAAAAUGGGCAAAAGGCAUUGUGGGAGACAAAGGUUAGGGCAAGGCGCUCUGAAUCUGCAGCAGCAUAAUUUGGUGUUGUUUCUGGAAAGUGUUAUCAUCCUUGCGGGGUGGAUUAGGCUGGGAGAUGGAGACUGUGGCCCAAGAUUUGCCCACCUGCCCAGGGUCUCUGUUGUUGUUUUUUAACCUCACUCUUCCAGAUCCAAGUCCAUCUCUCUUAUCUAUAAUGCCACACACCUGGCAGUCUGCACUUGUUGAGCAAUGUGAUAGAUGUGCUCCCCCUGCCCCAGUUCCUUACUGUGCCUUCACAGGCUGGCUCAGACUUCAUGGCCCAAUCAUUAGUGCUGCCAAAAACAGCUCUAAGUCAGGGGUGGAGGAUCUUGGAGCUGGGGCCCAAAGUUGGCCUUCCAGCCUUCUCUAACUAUCCCUUGGGACCCACCCCAAGCUGGGUGCGCUGGGCCCUCACCUCAAAAGGAAAAAAACUUGUUGGAAAUUUAUCUCAGGUGUGUUGGUCAGAGGCAGUCUUAACUAUGAUUUGAUUGAAAUGAGCCCAGUUCAAACCACAGGUGGGGAAGCUGGCUUGUUUCAAUGGCCAGUAAAGAUUAACCAUUCAAUGGCCAUUCAAUGGCCAGUAAAAUUAACCAUUGUUUAGGGUUUGAACAUGGCUCACUAUGUACCGUAUUUUUCACUCUAUAAGACGCACCAGACCACAAGACGCACCUAGUUUUUGGAGGAGGAAAACAAGAAAAAAAAAUUCUGAAUCUCAGAUGCCAGAACAGCAAGAGGGAUCGCUGCGCAGUGAAAGCAGCAAUCCCUCUUGCUGUUCUGGCUUCUGGGAUAGCUGCACAGCCUGCAUUCGCUCCAUAAGACGCAUCCCCUAACUUUUUAGGAGGGAAAAAGUGAGUCUUAUAGAGCAAAAAAUACAGUAUUUUCUUCAUAGCAUUCUAACAGCCCACAGAUGUAAUUUCAGUAUUUCUGUUUUAAAGUUUUGCUCAAUGUUUUACUGGAUUCUUAUUUUAUUUUGAUACCAUGUACUGACUUUUUGCUUGUGAUUUCUAAAUUGAGUGAACCGUUUAUAGCGAUUUUAUUAUAUUAAGCAGUAUAUAUGUUAUUAAAAUGAAUGGAUGAACUCAGUGCUGAAUUCAAGCACCGCAUUGGGCAGAGAAAGCAGCUUAAGAUUCUCCUUUUGCAGCUGCAGCUUGCAGUUUCAAAUGGAGAGUCAUCCUCUGCAAUCCCAGCUUUAAAUAAAGCUGGGCCUGGAAAGGAUGGCUAGGAUGUUUUCUUUGCAUGUAGACCUGAUCCUUCCUUUGAAGCGUGAUGCCUUUCUGUCAGAAAUGAUGUGUUACAUGAUGUUGGGUGAGUGGGGCUUUGGUAAAAGGGCCUUGCGGGUCAAUUUGGAACAGGGCUUAUUAGGCAAGCAGGCCGGAGGGUCACCAGCUGUGGUUUAGGUUGAGAGACGAUAACUAGACUAUCUGGUGACCCUAAUGGUUUGAAGCUUCAUCUGAUCAGUGGCAGCACCCAUGGAGACAGUGGAUUCUCUUCAGGGUGACACCUACACCGUACAUUUGAAACCCAUGGAUUUCCCCCAAAGAAUCCUGGGCGCUACAGUUUGCUAAGGGUGCUGUGAGUUGUGCAGGAGAACUACAGUUCCCACAAUUCUCUGUGUUUUCCGUGUGCUUUUAAAUGUAUGGUGUGGACGAACCCAUCUCUGCUUUGUAUUCAGAGUCUGUAUUGGUCAGGUUGUGCUUUGCAGAGAGUAAGAGAAGGUGCUCAAGAGGUGUGUCCCUAUGGAUGGGGCUCUGUUCUGUACCUGAUCUCCUGUUUCUUUUUUGCCCCCUUCAGGCCUUUGGGGAUUGGUGAACAAUGCUGGCGUUUCAGUGCCAACUGCCCCCAAUGAGUGGCUGACGAAGGAGGACUUCAAGAAGAUCAUAGACAUAAACUUGCUUGGCGUGGUUGAUGUAACCAUCCACAUGUUACCUUUGAUAAGAAGAGCCAAAGGGAGGAUUGUCAAUGUUGCCAGCGUAAUGGGGAGGAUAUCCUUGUUCGGUGGUGGCUACUGUCCAUCGAAAUAUGGGGUGGAGGCUUUCUCUGACAGCCUCAGGUAACUGCUGCAGGUUGAUGUAUUUUCUCGUAGCAUUGGCUGCAACUCCUUGUUAGUCCAAGGAGACAUUUUCUGCUUAAGGGGGGGGGUGACAUUGUGCAAACCAGCCUGUGCCAGAAAAUGUUUUUUUAAAAAAAACAAAAACCGGAACUGACAUACGUUUGCAGAAUUCAGCUUCCGUCACUCAGUGUUUGCGGAACUCAACAGAUCUGGUACUUGCAGAGGAGCAAGCUAGCCUGUUUUCACAAUGGUUGCCUUCAGAUGAUCAAAUCUUGGCUUAAUAAGACAACAUACAAAUGAGCCUCUGUCUGGAGCAAAAACGGGGCCUACAGUCUUGGCUUGCUAGCCAGUCUGCAGUUUUUGCUUGAUUCCUGGUCUCCACCACUUUCUGGCAUGUGUGAAAAGCAGGCUUUUGCAAAGCCCUCCCAGGUCUGAUGGGAGAGUCUGGUGAGGACAAGUCAGGGAGGAUUUAAAGAAGCCCCUCCAAUCUUUUUUUGACCUGGGCACAUGCAACUACUGUUGUGAACCAGGCAUGCAUGCAUUUGAGCACUCCUUCCCCUUGACAUGCUGCUACCAGUCAGCACAGACAAUAUUAAGUUAGAUGGAGCAAUAAUCUCAUUCAAAAUAAGGCCACUUCUCCCAUGAUCUUGUCAAUAGCCCUUUCCUUUGCCUUCUAAAGUAGUUGUUUUCUUAAUCGUCCUAUAUAACAAUAGUGAGUUCUGUUCUCCCAGAGUGAUCUCUGUGUAGCCAAAAGAACUGUCAAAAGGGGUCAUCAUCAGCGUAUCUGCCAAACUAGUGACAGGAGUUGCUGUGUGCCGUCCUCAGAUGAAAUUCACUGGCCACUGUUGGGAAAACAGGAUGCAGGAGCAGAUGGACCAUUUGCCUGAUCUAAAAGGGCUUUCCUAUCUAUCAUGUUCUUAUCCUCUUCCCAUCUCUAUCCCAUGGGCUACUGGUACAGAAGGCAACUAUUCCUUCCCUUUUCCCUUCUCCAGGCUCGAGCUUGACGCCUUUGGAGUAAAGGUCUGUAUAAUAGAACCAGGCUACUUUCGAACGGCUAUCACAAAUGAGAAGCUAUUGUCAGACAACUUCCAAAGCCUCUGGAAGCAAGUCCCAGAGGAGACCAAGAAAGCCUAUGGGGAGCCUUACUUAAAUCAUAGUGAGUACUACCUUCCUGUUGUCUUGAAUUUGAUUCUGCUUAACAAAUAGGCUUCUAGAUGUGCUAAUCUGUAUUUGAUAGCUUAGCUGUGGGUGUAUGGCAUGAACAGGGACUGGGCAAUUUGUAUUCCGGAGGAAGGAGUGUGUGUAAGCAUAGGGUUGUGGUGGAAUUAGUCCACACUAAUGGUAUUCAAAGGUGAUUGACCAGCUUCUGGUCUCUUUCUCUUGUUCCAAUAGUGCUUGAUUCAACCAUUAAGAUGCAAAAAGACUGCAACCCCAACCUCUCUCUGGUUACCGACUGCAUGGAGCAUGCUUUGACAUCUGUGUACCCCCGUACUCGCUAUUCAGCCGGCUGGGAUGCCAAGCUGUUUUUUCUCCCUAUGAGCUACAUGCCAACAUGGCUGCCUCACUGGAUAGUGACCCGCACUUACCCCAAACCAGCACAGAGCUUUUAG